AUAGUAAGUAAUUUUGGAGUUGGGAGUCUGGAACCAUACGGUCUGUGCAAUGAUUACAUCCAGUAUUUAAUCACAUUCCUUUUGCAGAACGGUUUUGAGGUUGUCGUCUACGGAACGUUCAUGAUUGGGCGAUGUCAUUCACUUCCCUGAGAAGUACAAAACAUCAUCAGCUUUAUCUGAAAAUGUAAAAGAGAUGAUAGCAGAGCCAAAGCUAGCAUCCAGAGCUAAAGUCCAAAAAGAAAACUCCAUUGUUGAUAUCCCUUCUUCUGGGUCCGUCAAUCAAACUCCAAAUGCUCUAAGAAGUGAGAGCAGACAGAAAACAGCUAGAGGGAAGAGGAGGGCGCGUGAAGUUUCCGAGAAUGGUAAGAGAAGACAUUCUGAGCCGAGCUUUCCCAAGCACAGGUGGGCGAGCCAGGAGCACGCGAAUAAUGGAGACGUUGAAGCAGUCACGCUGUUUGAAGUGGUCAGCAUGGGAAAGAGUGCCAUGCAGUCUGUAGUGGAUGACUGGAUAGAAGCCUACCAGCAGGACAGAGAUACAGCACUUCUGGACCUCAUCAGCUUCUUCAUCCAGUGCUCAGGAUGCAAAGGAGUGGUCACCGCUGAAAUGUUUCAAAGCAGGCACGAUACAGGACUCAAGAAGAAAAUGAUAGAGGAGUUUGAUGAGGAUACUGGCCUGCAGUACAAGAAAUUCAUGGCCUUUCCGUGGAUCCUUACAGUUACAUGGCCUCUGGAUGUGGAUUGUGGGGAUUACCCACUCACCAUGCCAGGGCCCUAUUGGAAGAAGUUCAGGUGCAACCUUUGUGAGUUCGUCGUGGUGCUGAUUCACCAGGGUCAGAACAGUGUCAUCUAUGACAGCUACCUGAUGGACACGAUCAUCUCACUGCUCACCGAGCUGUCAGACUCCAGGAUCAGAGCAUUCAGGCACACCUGCACUUUGUCAGCUCUGAAACUCUUGACCGCCUUGGUGAGCGUGGCUGUGAACCUUGGUGUUAAUAAAGACAACACUCACAGACUGUAUGAAGAGGAGAGAAACAAGAUGACAUCUAAACGAGCAUGUCACAGGCAGGAACAGCUUGAGAAGAAAAUAAAAGAGCUGCAAGACAAACAGCAUGAAAUAGAAAAUAUGAUGAAUGCUAUCUUCAAAGGCGUGUUUCUGAUGAGAUACCGUGAUGUGACACCUGAGAUCCGAGCUAACUGUAUGGAAGAGAUAGGCAUCUGGAUGAAAAUGUACAGCCCGUUUUUUUUAAAUGACAGCUACUUAAAGUAUGUUGGGUGGAUGCUGAACGACAAGCAAACAGAAGUUCGUCUAAAGUGUGUGUUGGGAUUACAGGGGCUUUACAGCAACACAAUUUUUAUUUCAAAGCUGGAGCUUUUUACAAGCCGCUUUAAGGACAGAAUUAUGUCUAUGAUAUUGGACAAAGACCAUGAAGUAGCAACGCAAGCAAUGAAAUUGCUGAUGCUCAUAUCACAGAAUUGUGAGGAUGUUUUGUCGCUUGAAGACUGUAAAGCCAUGUACCAGAUUGUAUAUUCCUCACACAGGCCAUUGGCUACAACAGCAGGAGAGUUCCUGUAUAAAAAUCUGCUUAGCCAUCACCAAGUACCAGAACAAGAAGAUGGAGCAUCAAAAGGAAAAGGGAGAAGCAAUCAUAACACCUCCACUAUUAAAGCUCUCAUACAGUUCUUUCAGGAGAAUGAGUUGCACAAGCACGUGUCCUAUCUAGUGGACAGCCUGUGGGACUGCGCGUCCCCUGUACUGAAGGACUGGGAGUCUGUGACUGCGCUUCUACUGGACAACCCGCAACAAGGGGGAGUUCUGAAUGACUCUGAGGAAUCCAUUCUUAUUGAGAUCCUUCUGGCCUCGGUGCGGCAGACUGCAGAGGGACAUCCACCUGCUGGGAGAGGGACUGGGAAAAAGGUUUUUCCUGCUAAAGAAAGGAAAGUUCAGGUGGAUGAUUGUGUCAAAAUCAUUGAACAUUUCAUUGUGGUGCUUCCAGAACUUCUGGCCAAGUAUUCAACAGAUGCAAACAAGGUGACUAGUCUUCUACAGAUACCUCAGUAUUUCAACAUGGAUGUCUACAGCAGCGGCAGCCGUAUAGAAAGGCACUUGGAUGUGUUACUGAAGCAGAUGAAGGAUGUUCUAGAAAAGCACACAGACCCAGAGGUUCUGGAAGCCUGCUCUAGAACAUACCAGGCCCUGUGGAGCGAGGAGAUGGCCAUACACAACCAAGUUAAUGUCUCCAGGAGUCAGCUUAUCGACCAGUGGGUGGACAAAUUCAAUCAUCUACUUAAAGACUUCCUCCAGGAGGGAGAAAGUCCCUCUGCCAGUGAAGAAGUCGUUUACCAGAUUUUAUCCACGCUAAAAAGAAUUACUGCCUUUCAUAAUGCCCAUGAUCUGUCAAAAUGGAAUCUGUAUGACAGCGUUUCAAGGAUUCUUACAGCAGGGAGUGAACAUGGAGGCAUACCCUACCAGAUUACCAUUCAAGCAUUGCAAUGUACUUGCUACAGUGUUAUGUGGCAGAUAACCACAUGUCUUGAAGGUGCCUCUUCUAAGGAGAAUGUUUUGGCCCAGCGCAGCCAGCUUAGAAGAUUUUGUGAGAUGUGCCAAAACUGCCUCUCCCAUGAACAUCCAGCUGUAAAAGAACAGGCUUUCACGGUCCUGUGUGACAUCCUGAUUGCCUGUAGCUACCAACUCCGCUCUGGUGGACGGCAUGACUUGGCCCCUCUUGUGUACACUCCAGACACAAAGCUGCAAAGAGCACUGCUCACAUUCAUACAGGAGCAAGUCUUCACCGAGGAGGAGCAAGAGACCCAAAGCAAAGCCAGUGAGAAUGGAGAUGAGGUCAAUAAACUGGAUGAACUCCACAGGAGGAGGAGUCUGCUGGCAGCCUACUGUAAGCUGGUUGUACACAGUGUGGUAGAGAUGAGCACAGCAGCAGAGAUCUUUAAACAGUACAUGAAGUACUAUAAUGAUUUUGGAGACAUUAUUAAAGAGACACUUAGCAGGACCAGGCAGAUGGACAGAAUCCAAAGUGCGAGGACACUUGUCCUUUGCUUACAGCAGCUUUUUCUCAGGUUAAAACAAGAGCAAGGCAACAGCAGUUGUGGAUCAUCCACCCAGACCUUCAGCACAAUUAAGGAGCUUGCUAGACGUUUCUCUCUGACCUUCGGCUGGGAUCAAAUCAAAUCGAGAGAGUCCAUAGCCAUGAUGCACAAGGAUGGCAUUGAAUUUGCUUUUAAGGGGUUUGUUCAAAAUGGGCAGAAGCAACCUCCUCCCAAUAUUGCUUACCUUACCAUCCUGAGCGAGUUCUCCAACAAGUUGCUGAAACCUGAUAAAAAAACUGUGUAUGGUUAUCUGCAGAGAUAUACAGGUAAUCACAUGCUGAGUUACAAGGAGGAUGGCUGGAUCUCGUUGGUUUGCUACAGAGCGUCCUUGCUGGCCAGUAGAGAGGAAGAUGACUGCUAUUCUCUGACAAGCACUGACACCUUUAAGGAGUCUUCACAAACAAACCACGCCAGAUCAAUGCCUUUAAAACGGAAACUGUCCAAUGAAUUGUGUAAUAACUCUUUGCUGGCGAGCAGUGACACAAAUGGAAGAACUCCUGAAAUGAAACUCACACCACAGUUCAUCUCAACUCCGAUCAAUGGAGGAAAUAGGCUCAAGCCUUCUCAGGGUCAAAAUGGUGAAGAAACAGAAGAAUCCCCAGACACUGGACACCCACAAGAUACAAUGUUGCAAGACCAGCCAGAUGCCAUGAAUGAAGAUGUGGAUAUUGAUACAUUCGAUAUGGAAUCUGCAUAAGCUUCAAAGAGUUAUUGAGUUAGUAAAGAGGUACCGCAGCUCCACACAUACAAAUACACAUAUUAAUGUGUUAAUUUGGCUCUGGGGGUAUGGCUUAAUACACCACCCAUCCGUUUAUCAAAUAGCCUGGGCUUACCUAAGCAUACAGUACAUAAAAGGUCACAGAGGAAUGAAUUAAAAAAAGACUCCACAGUAUUCUA